GCGCUGGCGCUGCUGCUGGCGGCGCCGCGCCCCGCGGGCGCCGCGCUGUCGUGCUCCACGGUGUACAACACGCUGAUGCCGUGCCUCGGGUACGUGCAGUCGGGCGGGACGGUGCCCCGGGCGUGCUGCUCGGGGAUCCAGCGCCUCGUGUCCGGGGCGCGCACCACGCCCGACCGCCGCGCCAUCUGCACCUGCCUCAAGAACGUGGCGGCGGGGGCGGCCGGCGGGCCGUACAUCAGCCGCGCCGCGGGGCUGCCCGGCAGGUGCGGCGUGCCGCUGCCGUACAAGCUCAGCCCCAACAUGAACUGCAACUCAGAUGGCAUGAGUUUUAACACAAGACAUGUCCCAUAG